GGAAGACGCGAUGAUUGUGUGGUGCGUAGAGUUCGAGAGACGCGUUGGGAAUCUUGCUAGGUAAUUGAUACCAAUUAUUGAUAUUGACAAAGUUUGAGUGAUUGAGAGUUUUGACGCUGAUAUAUUGGGACGGUGAGAGUGAGAACGAAUAAGGAGGGAUUUCUUUUUUUUAUUUUUGGGAGAGGGAUCUUUGAAAGGAAGGAAAGGAGCGGAGAAGAGAGUGUUUGGAGGGGAUUCAAUUGAUUGAGUUGUGGUUUGUUGGGAUUCUUUCAGCACUACGAUUCGAUACGGUACGAACGACUUUGGAGAAUUGCUCCUCUAAGAAAGAUCGUCGUGCGGAUUUUAGAUUGGAUUUGUUGGGGUUUCGUGUAAGAACUGCGACGAAUCGUUUCAUUUCGCAUCGAGUAACUACUACGAAUUCGAUACCAACGGAAGCUGAAAAGGGACCGAGAAAGGAAUAAUCGAAAUCAUGGAGACAAGGAGAGAAUCACCCGGCUCGGGGCUAAAGAAGAGAGAUUUUGAGGAGACUUUUGGGUCGGUUGAACCUUUUCAUGUCGAAGAAGAAGAAGAGAGGAAGAGAAUUGAGGAGAUGAAUUCGCAGGCGGAAACCGACACUCCUCUUCCCUCCAAAGAAUUGGCAGAUCAAUCGGAAGUGGAAUCCACAGCAGAGUCUCUCCCCACUCCACCUGUCAGCAUACAAUCGAGCAAACGCGAACGAGAGAGGGAAGUUACGCCUGCGGAAAGCACGGUCAGUUCGCUGAGUGAUUUGGGAUCGAGGAGUACGCCGAGUUUGAAUGGGGGCUCGCCCAUGCGUGGCACGGCUUUUGCGGCGUUGAAUGGGAAUGCCAAUGCGCAUAAGAUGCCGCCGGCGAAGAAACCGAAAUUGUCGUUUGCGGAAAAGGAGGCGAGAGCGAUUGAGAGGAGGUUUAAGGAGGAGGAGAAGAAGGUGGAGAGGGAGAAGAAGGAGCAUGAGAAACAGGCACAGUUGGAAGAGAAGAGGAAGAAGGAUAAGGAGAGAGAUGAAGAGAAGAGGAAGAAAGAUGCAGAGAAAGAAGAGGAGAAGAAACGAAAAGAUGCUGAGAAGGAGGUCGAGAGGAAGAGAAAAGAUGAAGAAAAGGCUGCGAGGGAAGAAAAGAAGAGGUUAAAGGAUGAGGAAAAGCGUAAGAAGGAUGAAGAAAAACAGAGAAUCGAGGAUGAGAAGAAAAAGAAGGCGGCGAGUCAAAAGACUCUAUCUUCAUUCUUUGGAACGCCUGUUUCGGCAAAGACUUCAAAGGAUGAUGUAUCGACAAGUCCUGCUUCAGCGAGUCGUUCUGUGGCUCCAAUUCCUAUGACCUCGAUGAAUGUGACUCCGAGUAAGAAGGAAAUCUCACCAUAUGACAAAAUGUUUCCCGCUUUCUUCGUCCAGAGUGGUGUUAGGUUGGCACCGAUUAAUCAUUUUGCCAGAGACGAUGAAAGAUCACGACUUGUACAGUCUACAGUUGAUGCAUACAUAUUGGGUAAUCGAAGUCCGGGAAGAAAACGAGAGUUUAACGCUACGGAACUCUUCCAUUUAUCAUCAAGCAGUUCCUUAAACCGAGGAAAAACAAUUGUGCCAGUACGCGAAAUCAUGGCGGAACUAUCUGGCAAUCCUUCAAAACCCAUCGACCUCACAGCAGAUUCACAAAAUUCUCAAAUCAAACGUACCAAAGCUCAACUCAAGGAUGUUCCUAUGAAAUUUCUUAAAUUUCAAGAAGAUGUUAGACCGCCAUAUCAAGGUACCUAUACGCAUAUACCCAUCAAUGGUAUAUCGAGAUUAGCACGCAAUCCUAUGAGAAGGGAUCUCCCGAAUACAAAUUACGAUUAUGAUAGUGAAGCGGAAUGGAUUGAGGAUGAAGAUGCAGAAGAUUUAAAUAGUGAGGGAGAAGAAGAUGAGGAAGGUUUGGAUGAUGCAGAGGAUAUGGAUGGUUUCCUUGAUGAUGAAAACGAUGACCUCUUGAUCUCGAGACGUGCCAUGGGUGGAAUGCAGGGAGAUUUAGAACCUGUGAGUACGGGAUUGUGUUGGGAGGAUAGGAAGAAGAGGAGUACAAAUGUCAAGAUGAUGCCGUUUAGGAUGGAAUUUAUUUUUGAUCCAAAAAUGAAAUCUAUAGAUCCUUUCUCAACACAAUACUGGGAACCAAUUGCACCUCCAUCACAAACAGGAUCAAUGGACCCUCCACGUCUUCCAUUAAAAACAACAAGUACAAACACUCGCCAAACCUCCCCAUCUCCUUUAGGCUCCACAUCCAGCAACAAAGUAUCGAAUACCAAUGUAAAAUCCACACCGCUAUCUUUCUUUGGCACUCCUACCUCUUCCUCCACAACUACAUCACUCCCAAUUCACCAAGGACAAGACGCAAAAGCAGACACGAAACCUAAGAAGUACCUUCCGGAUUCGGAUCUCCCGGCGUUCAAAGAAGCAAUUCAGGGAAGUGAUUUGAGUAAAGUGGGGUUGGUGGAGGUGUUGAAGAAGAAGUUUCCAGGAAGGACGGGUGGGGCGAUCAAGGCCACGUUGGAUUUGGUAGCGAGGAGGGUGGGGGGGAAGGAGGUAGAGAAGAGGUGGGUUUUAGUUUAGGAGUGUAGCAGGGGUGGGAUUUGGGGAUGGAUGAAUGCAUCGAUAGGCGGAUGGAUGAGUGGAUGGAUGAAGGGGACAAAUGGAUGAAAGGGGGUACAAAAGCGCUAGUUAGAACACUAUGAUAACAUGGCAUGGCAUGGCACGGAACGAAAUGGAGGAGUCUUGGGCGCAAUACAUAGAUAGCUAAUUGCUGUUAUCUUGCUGUUAUCUUGCUAAGUGUAUGUUUUGGGACUGCAUGGGUGGGAAGGGAUGGGAGGGAUAGAAUGGAAUGGAAUGCUCGGAUGCAUAUUGAUGUGAUGGGUGGUAAAUAAUGCGAAAUCCUACUUUACUUACUCUAUGUACUAUCUAUCUAUCGAUGGUUGAUUCUUUCGUUUGUUCGUUUGUUCAUCUGUUCUUGAGGGGGAAGAGGUGAGAAGUGUGGAUUGAGUGAUUGAGUGGUUAGUGAAUGGAUGGAUGGAUGGUUAGAUAGAUAGAUAGAUAGAUAGAUAGAUAGAUAGCGAGUGGGUGAGAGGGUGAGCGAAUUAGCGAAUUAGUGACUAAGUGGCCAGGCGGCUAGGCGCUAGAGUAUAUACUAUAUACCUAGGUAGUAUAAAAGACUAGAAAGUGGCAGAAGUCACACAGGCAAAGUUUUUGUCUAUAUAAUAAUCGAUCUAAUAAUAGUAUGAUAUCGUAAGGAAAAUCAAUCAUCACA